AGGCGCCUGCCAGGCAAAGCACAGGACACAAAAUCCUAUGUUUUAUAAACGUCUUUACGUACGCAUAGCAGUUCUCGCGAGGCUACAUUUAUUUGAAAACAGGCGGCAGUGUGACGUGAGGAAAACUGAAGAAAAGAUGACUGCAGACCAGGAAAUAGGCAUUAAAGAGGCAUUUCAGCGCGCCCAGAAGGGCCACAACAACAAGGCAAAGCUGGUGGCAAGCCUGAAGAGCCGCUACAACAGUCUUGAGGACAAGACACUGUUCCAUGAGGAGUUUGUCCACUACCUGAAGUACGCUAUGAUUGUCUACAAACGUGAACCUGCAGUUGAACAUGUCAUUGAGUUUGUUGCAAGGUUUGCCACAUGCUUCCAAAGUCCACCUAAAACAGAGGAGGAGGAAGAGCAGGAGGAAGAGGAGGGAGCUGAGGAUGAUCAUCCUUUUCUGUGUUACAUCUUCAAUUUCCUCUUGGAGUCUUAUAAAGCCAAUAGCCAUGCAGUGCGUUUUCGUGUGUGUCAGCUGAUCAACAAGUUGCUGGGUAGUAUGGCAGAGAAUGCCCAGAUAAACGACGAUCUCUUUGAUCACAUCCACCAAGCCAUGCUGGUUCGUGUCACCGACAAGUUCCCCAAUGUGAGAAUUCAGGCUGCUAUGGCCAUGACGCGCCUACAGCAGCCAAAAGAUCCUGACUGCCCCACCAUCAAUGCAUAUAUGUUGAUUCUGGAAAAUGAUACUAAUGCUGAGGUGCGACGUGCCGUUCUUUCCUGUGUUGCUAUGUGCCCUCGGACCCUCCCCAAAGUACUUAAACGCACCCGGGACAUCAAAGAGAAUGUCCGCAAGCUAGCCUACCAGGUUCUGGCUGAUAAAGUUCAUGUUAAAGCUUUGACUAUCGAGCAGAGAGUUAAUCUGCUGCAGCAGGGUCUCCAUGACACCUCGGAAGCAGUGAGAGACGUGGUUUGCUCUUAUCUGCUGCCAGCCUGGCUGCUUCGGCUGGAUGGUAAUAUCAUAGAGCUGCUUCAUAGGCUGGAUGUAGAGAACUGUGCCCAAACAGCUCUGGAUGCACUGAGAGCCAUCUUCAGAUGCAUGCCUACUGAGGAACUGCUGCAGAACAGAAUGCAGCUCGACAACAAAAAGCUAAUCCCGGUGGACUCUCUCACCCCUGAGAUUGUGCUGUACUGGAGAUCUCUAUGUGAGUUCAUCAAGGCUAAAGGAGAUGAAGGUGAUGAAAUGCUGGAGCAAGUAUUGCCAGAUGCUGCCACUUAUGCUGCCUACCUCUAUGGAUAUCUGAAGUCAGUGCCUGAGCUGUCAGAAGAGCAGAGGUCUGACAUUGACCAGGUGGAGCUGGUCAUAACGAAAAAGUUCAUCUCCCAGCAGCUCAUUCAUCUCACUGGAUGUUUGGACACCAACGAGGAGGGUGGCAGGAAGUGCUUGUUAGCUGUUCUACAGGAGAUGUUGGCUUUUCCUCAGACCCCGUUCUCCCUGGUCUCCCUGCUUACUGAGAAGCUCCUCACCCUCAUUCCUGAUGACCAGAGACGCAUACAGACUGUGGCAGAAAUCAUCUCAGAUGUUAAGGAGCCCAUCAUGGAGGCAAGUCAGCCAGUGGAUGAGAAGGAGAGUCGCCGGCAACAGGUCCAGCUAGCAGAGGUGAAGGUGCGUAUCUUGGAGGCUAAACAAACCCUGGAGGACUGUAUCACUGCCCAGGAGUUCAGCCGUGCAGCAGAGCUAAAGGAUGACAUUGCAGAGCUUGAGAACCACAGAAACCAGAUCAUACAGGAAAUUGCAGCAAGCAGUCAGCCUGCUGACAAGGAGAUCCGAACUGAGAAGAAUGACCCAGAGACUCUUCAGAGGUGUCUAACAAUGUGUGCUCAACUACUGAAGGAGAUGAACAUCAAGAUGCAAAUUGGUCCAACCAUAAGCACCUUAAUGUCCUCACUGAUCCUGCCCAGUAUAGCAAACGCUCAUCCUGAUGUUCGCAAUAUUGCUGUGGUGUGUCUGGGAACAUGUGCUCUGCACAGCAGGGAGAUGGCCAAAACCCACAUGGUCCUGCUGCUUCAGAUUGCCCAGCUGGAUGAGGUGAAGAUCCGUAUCAGUGCUCUGCGUGCCAUCAUCGACCUUCUGCUGCUGUUUGGCUUCCAGUUGCUCUCUAAACCGGCUGCCACUCAGACAGCCCUGCCCUCCCAGUCCCCAGACAGACAGGAGGAGGGCGCACCACUGGCCGAGGAGAAGGGAGAUGGAUCAGAGGACACUGCACAGAGUAUCCUUGUGAUGCUGUCAGAGUUCCUGGACAGCGAGGUGUCUGAGCUGCGUACAGCAGCAGCAGAGGGCCUGGCUAAACUUACAUACAACAGCCGCAUGUCCAGUUCCAAGAUGUUCUCCCGUCUGGUGUUGCUGUGGUACAAUCCCGUCACUGAGGACGACACCCUCCUGCGACACUGCCUUGGUGUUUUCUUCCAGCUCUAUGCCCGCGAGAGCAGAGCCCACCAGGAGGUUAUAGAGGAGAGUUUCCUGCCCACUAUUCAGACUGUGAUGAAUGCACCAGUCACCUCUCCUCUAGCUGAGGUGGAUAUUAACAAUGUGGUUGAGCUGUUUGUGGAGCUGACCCGACCAAGUGCGCUCAUUAAACCCUCACCUAACACAGAGGUGUGUGUCCAUGACUAUUUGGCUGUGCGUAUGUGUGGGGAGAUGAUGAAGGACCCUAAAGCCCCUGAGGUUCGUCUUUAUGCCAAGACACUAAGUAACCUAGAGCUCAGCAGAGAUGAGACCAUCAGGAAAGACCUGCACAUCCUGCUGCAAGAGCUUGUACAGGUGGUGAAGGAUCGUUUCUGUCUCCGUGCUCUGGAGAAGAUGAUGAAUCAACUGGUGGACUCAAAGGAACAUGCAGAGCUCCUCAGCACCAGCGCACUACAGCCACUUGAUGUCAAUGCAGAUGAGACCGCAACAGACGAGCCAUCUAAAUCUGCCAAGAGACCUAAAAGAGGUCAGAGGAAAGUCUGCACAGCUAAAGGAGGCAGAAAAUCCAGCAGGAGAGCAGAGUCUUCAGAGGAGAGUGAUGGAGAAAAUGUUCCUAUGGUGCGUCCAUCACGGAAGGCCAAAACUGCAGCUCUAGAGAAGACAAAGCUGGAUCUCAACCCCCUCAUCAACCAGGAGGCUAAUGUGUCAUAGAAGUCAGGUUAUGAACAGUCAAUACAAAAGUCCAUGUUGAAAUUACAGCUGAUUUUGACAAGUGCUCACAAGUUUUCAGUUUAUUAUAAUUCACAAAUAUUUUUAACAUAUUGUAAAUGGAAUUGAACCUGACAGAUCCGAGAAAGGGCCCUUACAGAGGUGUCACCUUUUUAUGUUACCAUGUUUCCUCUCAAGUUUUGUUUCCCAGUUUUUCUACAUUAAAGUGAAAUAUUACUA